AUGCCCCCCUCGCGAAGCUCCCACUCACCGCUGGUAUUCGCCCUCCGCGAGUUUCUUUUGCUGGGGUGGAGACGUUGGCUUAGAGCUUCUGGAUUUCUGGAUCAGGAAAAUAGCUCUAGGGAUUGCGGGGGAUGCGACAGGACGAAGUGUUACUGGUCUUGCGCUCCCCAGGAGGUUCGAGAUGAUCAUCUUGGCAAGAAGCUGGAGACGGGCGCAGACGGCCUCGAGGCGGUCUCGAGGCAGCCCAGAGCCAGCCCUAUGUAUCUUAAUCCGGCAUGCUGUUCGUCGCUCGUAGCUUUAAUUUUAAGCUUUUCCGGGGCUCGAGCGGGGGUCGACGGUCAGAGCUGCCAGCUUCUUCGCUUCCAAGGUUCGUCAGAGUUCCACCAGCUGGAGGUCUGUGCCGUGCCUCACGGGCUCGACUGCACGACAACCUCACCUCAAGUCCAACGUCACCAGAUUGCAACAAUAACCGCGCAACCCUUCCUCACCACCGCCGACUGUCUGCUCUGGUCGAGCACGACACAUGUGAAUCUCCUGCUCAGCUGGAGAUUUCGAUCUACCCCAGUCACAUGUCCUUGCGUGUCCUACGCGACAGGGCAAUCAGGCACGAUGGCCGAUCUCAGCGUGCGAUCCUCUGCCGACGACUCGACGAUUGACGCCGACGACCACAAUACCACCCAGCAAUCAUCACCCAUUCGCGCAGAUCCAAGAUCCUCAUUACACCACGUCCUCGACAAUUCUGAUUCCCGACCUCAAUCUCCAUCGGCUGCGCGAAUGAGGGACGAAGUGACGGAAGAUGAAGACGGACGAACUCCACGCGAAAUGACACAGGAAAUGCCGUCUGCGCCCUCUGCGCCGACUACGGCUGGAGGAAGGAAGAAAAAAGAAGCCCAGGCCGCAGCCCUACAGGGCAGUUCACUGUACGUGGGGAACAAAGUGCGUCAUUUGAAGAAGGAUGAUGGAGAGCCCUUGUGGAGGAAGGACAUCCAGUACGAUUUCCUGAAGAGGAUCUUUGAAGAUGACACCAAGUGUUUCACGAAUCCAUACGAGCCUGAAGCAUUGGGGAAACAAACCUUUGCCAAUCUAUACAUCGACGCAAUGGCGCGAAGUAGUAAGACGAGUAAGAUCUUAAGGGAUAAGCUGUUGACGGAGCAUGAACCAGCCAAGAACAUGGCCAUGGUUUGCUUGUUGGUAAAUUUAGGGCGGAUGAAUACCACCCUCAAUUUCUUUCCAGAAAUGAGAGCCCAGCUCCGAACGUAUCAUGCGAUACCCUCUCUUCAGGCACAUCAGGACCCAAAUUCUUACAAGCAGCUGCAGGAUGCUCCCCGACUGAAAUCAAUACUCAAGGGUGCCUCCGAGGACCAACCUGAACCCAACUCACUCGAAGGAAUUAAGAGAAAAGACGUUCCCCGUACUAAUCCAGUCAAUCUUAUCUUCGUGCUUGCGCAAUUCGCGCCCAAGGUUACGGAACUACAUUUCCCGCCGCCCUUGGACUUCUACGAUUUGAUUAUGCGAACUCAGCUAUCGAGCGAAUCACGAGCCAAAGCUUUCCUUUGGCUGAUGUGGUUUUACCUGGAGUCAGAUUUUACUGAAGAAGGCGCUGAAGAAAAUCCUUUUGGAGCUGGCGUUGAUUAUGGCGUUGAUGUACGGAACCAAGGCGUACCACACCUCAAGCCGCUCGACUCAGAAGAAGAGGCAUUGGAAAAUGUUGACACUCCAGAGGAGGUAGAAUAUGGUGUCAUGAAACAGCGUGAACGAAAAAGAAUCAUCGAGGCGGAUCAGGCUGCUUUCCAAGCAGAGCAAGGCCCACCAAAAAGAGGUCCCAAACCAAAACUCCAUCUGCCUCCUGAUGAUGGUGGGCCUAGUCCAGCUGCGUCUUUGUUAGGCAGAAUGCGACCAAAGUUUAGUGAUGACUUGAGUGGCAGCCCAGUUGCUAUGCUAGGUGGUAGAGGUAGGGCAAAGUAUGACUCGGAUAUGGAUAGUACUCGCUCGACACCACCACCUCGAGCUCUUGGUGGGAGAAUGGGAAUUCAUAGUGUGUUGAAUACUGGCAGAGGCAGGGGCAACCUCAAAUACCCGUUCGUUGAUGGUUCCUCGCCUGUCCCUCACCCGGAAGGAGUGGUAGCUAUGAGACGUUCACGACCACUUACAGCCCACCAGCUAGCCGUCGAGCGAAAUCGAAAUCAGAGAGUGGAUUAUAUUCUUAGCCGUGGUUUACGGAAGCAACAUCACCAAGCUAGAAAGAAUCGAAAACGUGAAGGUGCCUUUUUCAGGGCCUUACUGCGCAGCAAUCUCAUGCCACAUCCGUAUGAUGACAGUGAGGGCGAGGAAAGUCUGGCUCGAGAAAGCGCUGCGCCAUUUAGGGAACGAGGGUUCGGUGGACUAGUACAACUCGAAGCCGAGCCAGAUGAUUUUGGUGAAGAGAUGGCUGCUUAUUCGGCGGCUUUCAGACGAGCGGGAAGGCGACUAGAUCGUUGGGAAUCUCGUAAGGAUUUAAAGUUGGGCGUGAUGGGUACGAUGCGUGUUUCUCAGAUCAAGAGUGGAGAUAGCCAUGAUGCUCGCGACAACGACGAAACCGAAGACGAGCAAACCCGGGGGCUUGGAGCAAGUCGUCGGAACGGAAAACAGUCGAAUGAAGAGAACCUCGACGACAUGGAUAAGGAAAUCUUGGGACUAGACAAUGAUGAAGAUGACGAAAUGGAGCUAGAUGAUGUCGAGAAAGAUAUACUAGGCAUUAACGGGGAUGAAACUGAGGUGGAUGAAAUGUUUGAUUAUGAAAGUGAAGAUCGUGAGAGGGAUCCUCCUCGUCCCGACGAGGUACCGGCAUAUAGUCCUUGA